AUGCUACAUCUCCGCGAGAUCAACUGCCCGGCCAUCCUCACUCACCCCGUCCAUCGUAUUAAAGGGGUGAGUGUGCCGAAAGGCACCAAUCCGUUCCGGCUCGCCGCCAUCGACAUGGAUGGAACCCUCCUCAACGACAAGCACAGCGUCUCCGACUACACGCGGCGGGUUCUCUCGCAGCUCCUCGCGCGCGGCGUCCACGUCGUCUUCGCGACCGGCCGCCCGUUCACCGACGUCUACCGCAUCAAGCGGAAGCUGAACAUCUUCGCCUCGAUGGAAAGCAUCCCGACACCUGGGGUGCAGGUCGUCACCCCGUGCGUGGCGUCGCCGAAUAUGGAGAUGCCGAAAGGCGAUCUCAUCGCGAACGGCCAUCACCGGAUGGAGUGCCUCGUGCCCCGUUGUUUCGCCAUCACCUCCAACGGCGCCUGCAUCUACGACGAGACGAAUCACCUGGUUCGAGAGUGUUGUAUUGAUCCUCGGAUCUGCCACGAGCUGUACUCCAUGUUUAUUGAUGAUCCCGAGGUGAACAUCAACGUCUUCCGGCGUCUGGAUAAUAUCAAGGAGCUCGGGAAGUCAUCCUCGAGCUUAAGCGACUCCACAGAGGAUGAAUCCUGUGAGGAGUGGGUAAGCCGAUACCCGAGCGACCUUGAGGCCGCGAUCUAUCACGAAUCGCACUUCACCUUCCGCGUCGUGCCGCAUCUGGAGCGCGACUUCCCCACCGACCACGUCAACGAGAUCUUUUUUCUCUGUUAUAACCCUGCUAAGACCGCCCCGGUGGAGGAGGCCAUUAUUGCUCGAAUGAAAGAGCUGCAAAAAGAGCUUCAUCUUGAAAGCACCGUCCGAGUCGCUCCUUCGGCGCAGCACUGCUUAGACAUCGUUCCCGCGAAUGUUAGCAAGGCCUCCGCGCUGGAGUUUGUGGUUGAUCAGCUUGGAUUAACCAUGGAAGACUGCAUCGCCUUCGGGGAUGGGUUAAACGAUGUGGAAUUAUUGCAGUCCGUUGGGAAGGCCUUCAUCAUGGAAAACGCGAAUCCACGACUAAGGAAUAUGUUGCCACACCUUGAGGUUAUCGGAAGGAACAAUGAUGAUGCCGUUGCGAAGAAACUAUCAGAAAUAUUCCAGUUAGACUAG